AUGAAUUUGAAAUUUGGGCUUUUGAUUGCCAGCAGUUUGACCCUCUUCACUGGUCGCGCUACGGCGGCCAACUCUUCGCUGCCUGAGAUCACUGUCAAGGGUAACGCCUUUUUCGACUCCAGUUCCGGUGACAGAUUUUACAUAAGGGGCGUUGACUAUCAGCCGGGCGGAUCUUCCAACUUGACCGAUCCGCUCGCUGAUGAGGAGACUUGCACAAGAGAUGUAGCCGCCUUCAAAGACCUGGGCAUCAACACCGUGCGUGUCUACACGGUUGACAACACGCUCGACCAUUCCGCGUGCAUGGACAUGCUCGCCGAGGCGGGUAUCUACUUGAUUCUUGACGUCAACACGCCUGACAGCUCUAUCAGCAGAUUCAACCCGGGUUGCUCCUACAAUGCGGCCUAUUUACAAAGCGUUUUUGCGACCAUUGACUGCUUUGCCAAUUACACUAAUGUCCUCGGCUUUUUCGCCGGCAACGAGGUCAUCAACAAUGCCGAUAACACCAACACGGCCACCUACGUGAAAGCUGUUGUCAGAGACAUGAAAAAAUAUCUUCGUGCGCGCGGUUACAGACAAAUCCCUGUCGGAUACUCCGCGGCCGACGUUAGCAGUAAUCGUGUCCUCGCGGCCAAUUACUUCAACUGUGGAGACGAUGCCGAUGCAAGAAUUGACAUGUUUGGUGUCAAUGACUAUUCUUGGUGCGGUGCUUCCUCUUUCCAGACUUCCGGUUACGCUACAAAGAUGCAGCUUUACAAAAACUAUUCUAUUCCCAUCUUUUUGAGUGAAUUCGGUUGCAAUGAAGUGCCAGGUUCCAGACCUUUCACCGAAAUCGGAUCUAUCUACUCUACUCAAAUGUCUUCCGUUUUCUCAGGCGGCCUGGUUUAUGAAUAUUCUAAUGAGUCGAAUAAUUAUGGGUUGGUCGACAUUGACAAUUCAACUUCCGUUACCAAAUUGCAAGAUUUUGAAAAUUUGAAAAAUCAGUACGCCAAAGUGUCUGACCCAACUGGAAACGGUGGCUAUUCCUCUUCUAACAACUACUCUUCAUGUCCCAGCUACCAGUCUGGAACUUGGGAAGCCAAUAAUACUUUACCAGCGAUGCCAAGCCAGGCUUCCAUUUUUUUCUCUAAAGGUGCAGGAGAUCCCAUGGGAACGGGCUACCCAACUCAAGACAUGUGCGACUCUGAUGUCGAUUUCAACGUCACCAGUGCAUCUUCCAGUAUAACUUCCGCAAGUUCAUCUUCGUCUAGCAGUGCACAAACCUCUUCAACAGCGGCGUCGUCGUCUUCCGACAAUUCAACUUUGACUGCUCCUUCUACAAGUGCGACGUCAUCUAAGAAAGCGUCAUCCAAAUCGAAAGGUGGUGCCGCUUCGUUGCAAGUUCCGCUUGUUAUCAAAUUGAUUGCCAAUGUUUUGUUGUUCUAG